CAAAAUAACAACACUCCCCAAACAACGAUUUCAACCUCCUCCAACUCCCAAGCCGCGCAAUCCCAGCCGCUACGUCAACAAAAACAAAUCAAGCAACUCAACGAAAAUCAACCACGCAGAUUAGUUCACCAUGUCCGAACGCAAGGUUCUCACCAAGUACUACCCGCCGGACUUUGACCCGUCGCUUGUCGGGCGGUCGCGCAAGCCCAAGGCCGAGCAGGGGCAGCCCAAGGUGCAGACGGUGCGGCUGAUGGCGCCCUUCUCUCUGCGGUGCAUCGCCUGCGGCGAGUACAUGUACCGGGGCCGCAAGUUCAACGCGCGCAAGCAGACGCCGCCCGACGAGCGGUACCUGGGCAUCCAGAUUUAUCGGUUUUACAUACGCUGCACGCGCUGCUCGGCCGAGAUUGUGUUUCGCACCGACCCGAAGAACCAGGACUACGUCGUCGAGCGCGGGGCGAAGCGCAACACGGAGCCGUGGAAACGCGGGUUGGACGGCGGCGGCGGGGAAGACGGGGAGGAGGAGACGGACGAGCAGCGGCUGGACCGGCUCGAGCGCGAAAUGGCCGAGCGUGAAGGCAUCGAGACGGAAGAGCGGAAUGCCAUGGCUGAGUUGGAGGCGAAAACGGCGGAUGCCAAGAGGGAGAUGGCGGUCGCCGACGCGCUCGACGAGAUCAGAAGCCGCAAUGCGAGACUGGAGAAGGCCCAGAGGGAAGGAGCGGGGUUGGAAAUUGUGGGGUUGCUCAGCACCGAGGAGGAGGAGAGGAGGAGGCAGGAGGAGGAGGAUGCUGAAGCUGCGAGGAGAGCGUUUGCGCGCGCCAGAGGGGAGUUGGUGGAGGAGGGAGAAGUGCUGUCGACUCAUGCGGAUGGAGAACUCGGCAAUGAGAAGGGGCCGGCAGACAUGGGGAUUGACUCGGGGUCGAGUUCCGACAAAGUUCCCUCUCCUUCAUCCUCAGCGACGGUCGCGGCCAAGACGGACAUACCAACGCCAGGCUUCAAGCGCCAAAUCAAAAAGAAAAAGGACCAUGCUGCUUUGCUGGGCAUCAAGAAGAAGCAGCCUCUCGUCUGAGCGAACAACAGGAGGGAAGAAUAAGUUCACGAGAAUCACAGUGUCUAUAUGGUCUAGACCGAAUUGACCGUCGAAGAUCGACAGUUUGUGCGUGGUUUGCUAGACAGCACCAAAAUAAGCAUCAGAUGAAUGCCGGUCGACCAGUCACUGGUGCAUCGAGGCGGCUGGAUGGAAAAGCAAACAAAAACCCAACACCGCCCACAAUCGGCACCGAGCCAAGCCAAACCAAGCCGGAUGCGCCAACCCGAGAUGUAUACAUUGUUUGUCAUGUACCCCACCAUGCCGCAGC